AUCGGGACUUCAUUGUUGCCAUUUCCGCGGCCUGGCAAGCACAAGUUUCCCUAAAACGCUCCGGCCGGAGAGAUUGCACAGGUGAAAUAGUGGGAAAGUGAUCAAUAUACCGACGGCAUGGAGUGCGGACGGUCGUAGGAGCCUCUGGACGAGAAAAUCGAGAGCGUCGGAAAAAAAAUACAGUGUGUGCCUACUGUGCUCUAUAGCAAUGUACUGUUGUGCCGCUCGCAACCUCUCGCACCCCCCCGAUCUAGAGGCCUUGGGAUAGCAACAUGCACACAUUGCUAGGGAGGUGUGCCCGAUUCGAGAUUGUUGUUAACCCGGCCGACUUGAUUUUCGCGGAUGGUUUUUCACGACGCGAGCGGACAUUUUACAUUCAUUUAUCGGUUCUGCGUAUAGGAUUUAUUUAAAAUAUGAAAUAAUGUACUGGCCACAAUGGAUCGGCGCGGCAAUAGUUUUCCACGUGUGUGUGAGCGUGUCACCACCCCCGUCCGACGAUAACAAUGUUCUGCACAUUGGCGGCAUCUUCCCCAUCAAUGGCAAGGGCGGCUGGCAGGGCGGCCAGGCUUGCAUGCCGGCCGCCAAUCUGGCCCUGGAGGACGUCAACCGCCGGAAGGACCUUCUGCCAGGAUAUGCGCUCAAGCUGCACAGCAACGACAGCGAGUGCGAGCCCGGGUUGGCUGCCAGCGUCAUGUAUAAUCUGCUUUACAACAAGCCCCAGAAGCUGAUGUUACUUGCCGGAUGCAGCACUGUCUGUACCACGGUGGCUGAAGCGGCGAAAAUGUGGAACUUGAUAGUGCUGUGUUACGGUGCGAGUUCUCCAGCCCUCUCCGACCGAAACCGCUUCCCGACCCUCUUUCGCACGCACCCUUCGGCCACAGUGCACAACCCCACCAGGAUCAAGCUGAUGAAGAAAUUCGGGUGGUCGAGGGUUGCGAUUUUGCAGCAAGCCGAAGAAGUGUUUAUCUCGACGGUGGAGGAUUUGGAAACCAGGUGCAUGGAGGCGAACAUCGAGAUCGUGACGAGACAGUCGUUUCUGAGUGAUCCCACUGAUGCGGUGAAAAAUCUCAAACGGCAGGAUGCUAGGGUUAUUGUGGGCUUGUUCUAUGUGGUGGCUGCCAGGAGGGUGCUCUGUGAGCUGUACAAGCAGAAGUUGUACGGGAAGUCCUACACGUGGUUUUUUAUCGGUUGGUAUGAGGACAAUUGGUUUGAGGUGAACCUGGAGGAGGAAAACAUCGAAUGUAGCUUGGAGCAGAUGCGGGAAGCUGCAGAGGGUCAUCUGACCACGGAAGCGCUUAUGUGGAACCAGAAUCUCAACGAAAGGACCAUUUCGGGGAUGACCUCGGAGGACUUCCGGCUGCGCCUGAAUCAAGUCCUGCGGAAAGAAGGAUACAAGAUCGAUAACCAGCGUUAUCCUGAAGGAUAUCAGGAGGCUCCUCUGGCCUACGAUGCCGUCUGGUCGGUCGCUUUAGGUAUUUUUCCUUUUUUUUUGGUUGAUUUUGUACGAUUUGCCUCCGCAGCGUUUAAUAAAACCAUGGACCGUCUGCACAAAUAUGGCAAAAGCUUGAAGGAAUUUAAUUACAAUAAUAAGGAAAUAGCCGACGAUAUUUACUCAGCCAUCAACUCGACUCAAUUCUUGGGAAUUUCCGGUUACGUAGCGUUCAGCUCACAGGGCGACCGAAUCGCCCUGACUCAAAUCGAGCAAGUUAUAAAUGGUAACUAUGUGGUGCUGGGUUAUUACGACACACAAGCGGAUAAUCUUACUUGGUUCGAUCGAGAGGUCUGGCAUGGUGGAAAAGUGCCUCAAGACAGAACAAUCAUACGAAAUGUAUUACGGACCGUUACCUUGCCACUUUUUAUUUGCAUGUGUGUUAUUUCCAGUGUGGGCAUAGUCAUAGCGAUCGCUUUGGUCGUUUUCAACAUAUGGAACAACCACAGAAGAGUAAUCCAGUCUUCUCACCCCGUGUGCAACACUAUAAUGCUUUUCGGAAUUGUCGUAUGCUUAACGGCCGUUUUCCUCCUCGGCCUCGACGGCAGAUUCGUGUCCCCAGGUGCCUACCCCGCCAUUUGCCAGACCCGAGCGUGGCUCCUCUCCACCGGCUUCACGCUCUCCUUCGGCGCGAUGUUUAGCAAAGUGUGGCGAGUUCAUCGGCUCACCACCAAAGCCAAAAGCGACCCCAAAGUCAGGACGAAAAAGGUGGAGCCAUGGAAGCUGUACUCGAUGGUCUCCGGCCUACUGGUGGUUGAUUUUGUGAUAAUGGUCGCCUGGCAGCUGCACGAUCCUCUGCAGAGACGCAUCGAACAAUUUCCGCUGGAAGACCCCGAGUCGUCAAGCGACGACUCCAAGAUACGCCCGGAGCUGGAGCACUGUGAGAGUCACCACAACAACGUCUGGUUGUCCGUUAUUUACGCUUACAAAGGCUUGGUUUUGAUUUUUGGUUUGUUCCUCGCUUAUGAGACACGGUCUGUGAAAGUGAAGCAGAUCAAUGAUUCGCGUUACGUAGGAAUGAGUAUCUACAAUGUGGUGAUACUUUGUUUGAUCACUGCACCAGUGACUAUGGUCAUAGCGAGUCAGCAAGACGCCAGUUUUGCCUUCGUUGCGCUGGCGAUAGUGUUCUGUUGUUUUCUCAGUAUGGCGCUUAUUUUCGUGCCUAAGUUCUAUCAGGUGAUUGAAGUAAUACGACACCCUAAGGAUAAGGCUGAAAGCAAGUACAAUCCAGACGCUGGAAUUUCCAAAGAAGAUGAAGAGCGUUACCAGAAACUUUUGAACGAGAAUGAAGACUUGCAACGACUCAUUUCUCAGAAGGAGGAGAAGAUUAAGCUGUUGAAAGAGAAAUUGGCCGAGAAGGAGGCCAAGAGUGGUGUGCCGCCUUCGACGUUGACCCAAGGUAAAGAGACGCUUAUUGUAGCGGACUUCAUUACAGACGCCGGCACCUCCGACUCAGCCUUCGGGGGCGGCAUUUCAAUCUAUACUCGCUCGUCAAGAUGCAGUCAAUCAGAUAUCGAAUUUAGCGAAAGCUAUCUAUGAAAACAAACGAUAUGUGCCUACCCUGUUAAAUUGUUAAAAAUAACACUUAAAAAAAACAACUAAAAAAAUAAAAAAAACACUACCUUUUUAGUUUUCAACUGGACGUAAAAUCAAAAUCGGAGAACGAAGCUAUUUUUAUAAGUUUAGGACGACUGUUUUAUCCGACAAUAACUCUGGCUAAAAAUGAAACUAAACCAAUUCGUUAAAAAAAUUAGACAAUCCAACGCUUGCUACAAAACCGCACAUAGUCCUGUAACCGAGUCAAUUAUCUACCAAUUCGCUUCUGAUCGACUGCACGCUUAUCUCGUAGUCCUAGUCACGUAGUCCAAUCUCGUUAUAACAUAAAGAGUGAAAGAAAAAUGUCUUUUUCUCCCAAAAUCCCCAAUUUUAUGUUGUAACGAGAUGUGUGGUAGUGUUUGCUGCAAAUUUUGGGAGUGAGAUAUUUUUCUUUUCCUACAGAUACUAAAGACGAGCGCAUUUAGUCUUCGACUUGUGAGACGGCACGUACAAUAGGUAGGUACACCAGAGAGGGUUUUAUCGAAAAAUACGAAAUCGAGCCACUUUUGGUGGCUUGUGACUGGUUCUAGCGCUCGACAGAGCCCUCUCUCCCGUUUAUUUCGGUUAAUUGUUAAGACAAUAUAAAAUUGUGUAAAAAAGUGAUACACAAACUGUCGCGCGACAGGUUUUUUAAGUCAAUUCACACGAAUCUUUAGUCAGGGAUUUUCGUUACUAGUAUUCAUUUUUGGUGUUUUUUCUUUGACUGUUCGUCAACACGAUUGUGAGCUAAGAGUGCUUAGCAACUUGUUACCUUAUAGUGAGAAAAUCGCUCAAUGUGUUUAUUCUUAGUGAUAAAUUUAGGGGUUCGGUUCGGUUUGGUUCGGUUGCUCAACAGAACGUUCCAAGCGACUGCUUUUUAAAUGUUCUCUAGGUAAAAUGGAGUUCAUAAUAGGGCGUUUUUGGUACAGAGCUUUAUUAUGAUUACGACACUUUAAUAAAUUCUAAAUGUUGUGAUAGAAAGUUAGUGAUAAAUGAGACGCGGUGCUUGGAAAUCGCUGAUUGACGAGAAAUUUCAGUUUGUUGCCAUCCCAGGAUGGUGUUGUGUUAGUGAGUGGGAUAAUAAUUUGGUAGUUAGUUUUGUAGUUAAUGUUAUAACGAGAUGGACGGUUAAAACGAUUCUAAAGAGGUUGUACUGACGACAAACAAUGAAUUCAUGUUAUUGGCACGUUGCAGCGUUUGCAACAUAUCAACUUUUGGUUCAACUGACGCUGGAAUUGCCAAAUUCUGUUCCCGGAGCUCUGAUUCAGUUGAAUUGUUACGCCAAUAGUUGUGACCCUAUAUUAAUGUCUAGCAAUAUUAUUACGUGUUAGUUGUUAAAAUGCUCUAAGUAUGUUAUUUGCUACUUGAUUUUAUUACACGUUGUCUUGUUUAGUUCCGACGAUGAGGCAAAUCGUUAAAGCAACUUCCAGUUUCACGUUCUAGGCUAGGUACACACUCUACACAAGAUACAAUAAUGUCUCACAUUUGAAAGUUGUUUUAAUGAAGUUGAACGCACGAUUUUUGCAGUCGUACGUUGCUGGAGGAAGAAAGUGUUGAGAAACGGUCAUACCCCAUUACGGCUCAAAAUGGGGUAUGACUGGGUUAGUCUAUAAGGCACUUUAUGUUAGUUGAAUGACAAACUGUUUAUUGAAACUAUUAUGUAAGUACAUAAGAUGAAUAAGUAUUGAAUAGUACCUAUACAUUGCAGUUUUACUGUCGAAAUAUGUGUUCAAAAACCCAAUCAGCUACCUAAUCUUAUGUCAAAUUAAAAUUUAAGUGUAACGUUGCGUUCUUUCUCUCCCUUUACCCCAAUUUCAUGAAUUUUGCUUCAAUUUUAACAUCGGAUGAGACUACGGAGGACUAUAACUUAGGAAGCGAAACGAGGUAGGUACAAAAUUGUACCCAAAGUGAUAGUACGGCAGAGUAAAAAUGGGGGCGCUUAGGCGCCAAAUCGUUUUAAUUAAUUUAAAAAAUGCAGAAAUGUUAAAUUUUGCACUCUUAACAGCUUGAGAAAAAUUGACCACUGAAAUUUUUAUAAAAAACGUGAGAAAAAAAAUAUUUAAAACUGAAAAUUCGCCCUUGGAUUCGUAUUUUUCAAAACGCUGCGACUACGGUUAAAGAUACAGGAAAAACGUUUGGAAGAAAGUUGUAGAGAAUUAAAUUUUCUAUAAAAAAGUCUGCGACACCAUAUGUCCAUUGUCAACGGUUUAGGCCCUAAAGACACCGAGGCGCCCGAUUUGUUCAUUUUACCGGUGUUUAACUAACUGAAAGUUAAUUCAUGCCUAAACCGUUGAAGAUGGAAAUAUGGUGUCGCGGACUUUUUUGUAGAAAAUUUAAUUCUCUACAACUUUGUUUUUUGCAACUUUUUUGUAUCUUCAACCGUAUUCCCAGCGUUUUGGUAAAUAUGCGACGGUGCGCAAAAAAUCAUCAAUUUGCGUUCUACCUUAUAUUUUUGCAAAUGCUGCGAAUACGGUUGAAGAUACAAAAAAAGUGUGAGGAACAAAGUGGUAGAGAAUUAAAUUUUCUACAAAAAAGUCUGCGACAUUAUAUUCCUAUCUUCAACGGUUUAGGUGCAAAUUAACUCGAACACCAGCAAAAUCCGUCGCUUAAGCAUAUUUGAAUGACUUUAGGGCCUAAAUGGUUUACGAUAAUAAUAUGAUUUUGCGAAAUUUUUGUAGUAAAUUUAAUUCUCUACAACUUUGUUCCUUACAGUUUUUUUGUAUCUUCAACCGUAUUCCCAGCGUUUUGGUAAAUAUGCGACCGUGCGCAAAAAUCAUCAUUUUGCGUUCCACCUAAUAUUUUUGUUGUGAGGCGGCGCUUAAAAUAGGUAGGUACACCAGAGAGGGUUUUAUCGAAAAAUACGAAAUCGAGCCACUUUUGGUGGCUUGUGACUGGUUCUAGCGCUCGACAGAGCCCUCUCUCCCGUUUAUUUCGGUUAAUUGUUAAGACAAUAUAAAAUUGUGUAAAAAAGUGAUACACAAACUGUCGCGCGACAGGUUUUUUAAGUCAAUUCACACGAAUCUUUAGUCAGGGAUUUUCGUUACUAGUAUUCAUUUUUGGUGUUUUUUCUUUGACUGUUCGUCAACACGAUUGUGAGCUAAGAGUGCUUAGCAACUUGUUACCUUAUAGUGAGAAAAUCGCUCAAUGUGUUUAUUCUUAGUGAUAAAUUUAGGGGUUCGGUUCGGUUUGGUUCGGUUGCUCAACAGAACGUUCCAAGCGACUGCUUUUUAAAUGUUCUCUAGGUAAAAUGGAGUUCAUAAUAGGGCGUUUUUGGUACAGAGCUUUAUUAUGAUUACGACACUUUAAUAAAUUCUAAAUGUUGUGAUAGAAAGUUAGUGAUAAAUGAGACGCGGUGCUUGGAAAUCACUGAUUGACGAGAAAUUUCAGUUUGUUGCCAUCCCAGGAUGGUGUUGUGUUAGUGAGUGGGAUAAUAAUUUGGUAGUUAGUUUUGUAGUUAAUGUUAUAACGAGAUGGACGGUUAAAACGAUUCUAAAGAGGUUGUACUGACGACAAACAAUGAAUUCAUGUUAUUGGCACGUUGCAGCGUUUGCAACAUAUCAACUUUUGGUUCAACUGACGCUGGAAUUGCCAAAUUCUGUUCCCGGAGCUCUGAUUCAGUUGAAUUGUUACGCCAAUAGUUGUGACCCUAUAUUAAUGUCUAGCAAUAUUAUUACGUGUUAGUUGUUAAAAUGCUCUAAGUAUGUUAUUUGCUACUUGAUUUUAUUACACGUUGUCUUGUUUAGUUCCGACGAUGAGGCAAAUCGUUAAAGCAACUUCCAGUUUCACGUUCUAGGCUAGGUACACACUCUACACAAGAUACAAUAAUGUCUCACAUUUGAAAGUUGUUUUAAUGAAGUUGAACGCACGAUUUUUGCAGUCGUACGUUGCUGGAGGAAGAAAGUGUUGAGAAACGGUCAUACCCCAUUACGGCUCAAAAUGGGGUAUGACUGGGUUUAGUCUAUAAGGCACUUUAUGUUAGUUGAAUGACAAACUGUUUAUUGAAACUAUUAUGUAAGUACAUAAGAUGAAUAAGUAUUGAAUAGUACCUAUACAUUGCAGUUUUACUGUCGAAAUAUGUGUUCAAAAACCCAAUCAGCUACCUAAUCUUAUGUCAAAUUAAAAUUUAAGUGUAA